AUGGCUUUUAUUUUAUUUUUAUGCUUUUUAUAUAUUCAAUUGGCAGUAGUAAUUACUCAAGUAACAUGGGAAAAUUGUGGAAGCGAUUUAAAUGAUAUCAAAUUACUAAAUCUAACAGUGAAUCCACAUCCAAUAGUAGCGCCUGGGCCAGUUUCUAUCAAUAUAACUAUUUAUACGAAUCAAAAUUUAACAAGCCCAUUAAAGGCAAUACUAUCAUUGAGAAAGAAAACUUUUAUAGGCUAUGUUACAGUUCCAUGCUUUACUAUUGGUUCAUGCAUAUAUAAUGAUCUCUGUACGUUAUGUUCACAAUGCAACUGUCCAAUGAAAGCAGGAGAACACACAAUAGAUCUUCCCAUUACAAUCGAUUCUCAAUCAUGGAUGCUUGCUGGUAGCUAUCAAGCACAGAUUGAUUUGGAAACUAGUCCGAAACAAAAAGGUUGUGCUAAAAUUAAUAAUAUAUCCAUUAAAACAAAUAAAUGA